UUUUUUUUCAAUUUUUAUCUACGUACCUAAAUACGUGCGCGUAUAAGGACGCAUAAUUCGGGUCAUUAAAUAAUGUACAUGAGCUUAUAUAUUUUAUUUCUCGAAUCGAUAUCGUAUACAAGUCCUGUUCUUUCCUAAAAUAUUUAGGAAAGACAGAUUCACGAUGUUAUCUAUUAUACAGACCAGGCAAGCCGGAACAAGCGCGCGCGUAGAAACGAGUAUAUGUAUAACUCCAGAGAGCUUAUCUUGAUUUUUUCAACCGUUUGUUUUUUUGUUUUUUUCUCGUGUCUAUUUUCAUUUUUCUUCUUGUUUUUUUUUUUUUUUUUUGUUGUUUUCUUUCUUUCAUUCUUAUUUAUUUCAGGAAAAAAGAUUUGCCUCUUAUAAAUUCCGUUUCUUAGACUUCCGAAAUAAUUCUGAUCGUUCACGUUUAUUGCUCGUGGGAUUUAAUCUCUGGUGGUUUCGCAUUUCUAUUGGUAUACGUCGUCACCUUCUCGAAUAGCCUACGCCUAGUAUGUACAUAUGUAUACACGUUUCAAAGAGCCGCGCAUGUGGUCUCUUGGUGAAAUUGGAAAGCAUUCCAAAAUGUCACUUCUCGCAAAGUCUCUUCUUUAUCGAUAUAAGUUGUAAACAGGUAUAUAUGUAUAUAUUAUAUAUCAUCGAGGUAUAUUACAAAGCUUGAUCUCGUUCGAAUUUAUACGACACAAUUAUAUAAUUGAUAUCAUUUUUAAUUAGAUACGAUCAGUGAAAUGUAAAAGCUAUUCUUCCGCUAUCGUACAAUUCUCACCCUCGUUAUUUUACCCUUUUCCUUUUCUCUUCUUCUUUUUUCUUUCUUUGUUCUUUCCCUUCUUCUUCUAUUUUCUCCCCUGAACGAUUGAUAUAUUCAAUAAUAAAGCGGCAUUACGUAAAACUUUGAUUUCGCGCUAAGUUAAUGAAAUAAUAGGUUUUGCAGGUAUCACGACAUCGAGUAACCUGGAUUUUCUCGUGACGUAGAACGCUUGAAAAGUCUCCUCGUCGACGAGGACAUUGGCGUCGACGUCCUGCUCUCCUUUCAAACGACACACUUUCAAAGGAUCGCGACUCUAGGAAUAGGCUCGUCAACGUGACAAUUAUUAACAGGAUUAUUUUCUUUUCCUUCUUCAUCUUCUUCUUUCUAUUUAAAUACAGUUUUAGGCGGGAAUUUGUUUUGGAGGGACAAAGUCUUGUAACGAUUAGAUCGAGAAUUAUGUUUUCUCGCUUUUGGAUUAUAAAAUAAAUACGAAAGGGUAGAACACGAGAGAGAGAGAGAGAGAGAGAGAGAGAGAGAGAGAGAGGAGAGAGGUUGGCGUUAAAAGCCUCGUAAAAAUGUUAAGUGCCGAACAAGUAUCAUGACAAGUCCAAAGUAACUCGAGCGCAAUAUCAUUGCGAUAAACCGGAGGGAAAAAUGUUUUUGUACUCCCUCGUUUAAAGCAUUCCAUUUUAUUUUCAUUUCUUUCAUCUCUCCUCUUUCGAUUUCGCAAUCAUACGCAAACUAACACAGAUUGUUUUUCAUCGCGAGAUAGAUACAUACGUCGCAGUUUCGUUCCCUUUAACAGCUCGAUUUCCCGCGCAUCGUUCGUUUCUUCGACGAUAUAACGUGAAACGAAACCACUAGGUCGUUGAACCGGUAGGCCGUUGUGACUCACUCGCGUCGUCUACGUAGAGCCGUACUUUGGGAGCCGUACUUUUACGCUUUUGAAAAUUUUUAACGUUGACCGAAAUCAUUUUGUCUUCUAAGCAAUCGAUCACUUUUUUGCUAACGCAAUUUCUUAUUUUUUUUUUUUUUUUUCUUCUUUUGAAACCAGACUAUUAAAAACGAUCAUUAUAAAUAUUUAUCACGUCGAUUAAGAGUUUCGAUCAUUAUUAGAAUGGAAAAGUAAUCUGUGUGGAAAAUGAUCGCGGCCGAUCGUUUAUUUAACCAUCCCGAGAAUGUAUUCGUUGCUCUUUGCGUUCUCGUAAAGAAAAACAUUGUUAUUCCAUCGUCGUCGUCGGCGUCGUCCGAGAGAACGCGUGCAUCCUUUUUCAUGAGAACUCUGUCGUCUUAUAAAACGUUCUAUGAUGUAGAAGAAAAGUGCAGGUGUCUUGUAAAUUUAUCCUCGUUUAACGAAGGAAUACUCGCUCGCUUAGUAUUCGUCAAGGACGAAAUGAAUUAUCACGUUGUUUCCGGCCGUUCUAUAUUUCAUCUUCCGCGAUUAUUAGAACGAACAGUCUAUCGUUCUAAUCGGAUACCGUUCGAAGACGGCAUCUCGUGUUUUAUUUAUUCGAGAAUUUGACAUCCUUCGCGAAUAAACGAUCGUCAAAGUUCAUAACUUGAGCAUUUAUCGUUGUCGAAAAUUAUGAUCGCAUAUUAUCAUUGUUAACAUUUUAUCCUUCUACUCGGUUCUUACAACAAACUUUUUUCAUAUUCAUAAAAAAGCAGACGUUACGUUUGCUUAUCGUUUUACGUUAGAUGCAAAGUAGACUUACGAAUUUUAUCGGUUACGUGUAUCCUCAUUGUCUAUUUAUAAUAACAAAAUCUUUGAAAAAUGCCGAGAACGAACAUAAAUUACGAUAUUGUCGUCCUCCAAGGCAAUUAUUUUAUCAAGAAACAAUUAUUCUCUUUUAUUCGAAUUUAUUAUUUUCUUUAAAACUAACCGGUAAUAUUUUAAAAACGUUCAAAGUCCGAAGCGCGUUUGGAUAGCGAAAACUCAUAUACGUCAAAUGGAUUCAUAAAUGAAUUUAGAAAAUAGGAAGGGAAUUUAUUCGAAAUCACAAAUCAACAACUACGUGUAAACGUAGACUCAAAACAACGUAGACUUUGAUAUCCGAUUAAAUCGCGAUAAAUGUUUAUGAAUCGAGUUGAUUUAUAGAUAAUUAUACAUGUUUAUCGUUGACGGUGCAAACGUGGCACGAAAAAAAAUACCACAGCGUAUGGAGAAUUAACAAGUACGCACAGUUGGUAUUUUUGUUCUUCAAGGAACGCUCAAUUUUUGUUUCUCCUUAGAACGAGUUUGCUCGUGCGUGAUUAAUAAGAGAGAGAUAGAGAUAGGAGAGAGAGAGAGAGAGAGAGAGAGAGAGAGAGAGAGAGAGAGAGAGAGAGAAACGUACGUGAGUGGAUAAGUAGGCAAGGCUUCCAUUGAAAAUACGUUGAUUUUCUCGGGUGAUAUCGUUCGUAUCGGAAAAUAUAUUGACGGAACCAACGGGAAGCAUUCACGAUGGUAUAGGCAACUACACGGCAGACGUGAGGUGUUCCUGGCUGAUCGAGAGCAGCCCAAAUUCCACGAUACGCAUGCACGUGGAAUUGUUCGCGACGGAAUGCGGCUGGGAUCACCUGUAUAUCUACGACGGUGACAGCGUCGAGGCACCUCUACUCGCGAUAUUCAGUGGUCUCAUGCACAAAGACGGCUAUCACAUACGCCGCGUGCCCGAAGUAAUAGCUCGAUCCGGCAGCGCUUUGCUCCACUUUUAUUCGGACGUUGCCUAUAACAUGAGCGGAUUUAAUAUCACUUACAAGAUCAAUGCCUGUCCAACCAGGUAUUCCUACGUCGAUUGUUCUGGCCACGGUGUCUGUAUAGAUGGUAUGUGCUCGUGCGAUACCUUAUGGACCGGAAAAGCUUGCGACGUCUCGAUGUGUCCAAAUAAUUGCUUUCACAAUCGUCAACACGGCGAAUGCAAUAGAUUGAAGCGUCGCUGCGACUGCAAGCACGGUUAUAAGGGAGUGGACUGCAGUCAAAAGAGAGAUCAUGGAUUUUGGGAGAGCGUCACUUACAAGGACUUCUCUCCUGAAGGUUCGGCCAGUCACUGUUCUAUCGUUUGGAAAGAUUCCCUCUAUGUCGUCGGCGGUGAGAGUUUUCAUCGUGCCAAGAUGAUAUACGUUUAUGAUUACAACGGUAACGUUUGGGAAACCCCUCACGUAGAGGGGAAGCUACCUGCACCUCGAUAUGCUCAUUCGUGCGUACUCUUUGGAGACAAGAUAUUUAUGUACGGUGGCGUCGUACAAAAUUCCACCGUCACCAACGAGAUCUGGGCAUUCGACGUGUCGGCUAAAGUUUGGGAAAAUGUCACCGUACACGAUCAUUGUCGCAAUAAGACAAUGUGCGGACCACUUAAGGUAGCUGGGCAUACGGCGAAUCUCGUGCAAAGUUACGGGGAAAAAGAGAAAAUGGUUGUGAUCUUUGGUUAUUCGCCUCAAUAUGGUUACUUGAACACCGUCCAGGAAUAUUACUUGGGAACGCGCGAAUGGCAAAUCGUUGAGACAAUAGGUUUCCCCGUUAAAGGGGGCUACGGUCAUAGUUCUUCUUACGAUCCUUUGACACAUUUGAUAUACGUUUAUGGUGGAUACGUGUCCGAGUCGCAAAGCACUCAGAUCCUGACGAAUAAACUCUAUUCCUAUCAUCCCAAGUAUCGCGAGUGGAAGAUAUUGACGGGCGCACCGUCGGCCCGAUUUUUUCACACAGGCGUCUUUAUUUCCGGCGGUCUUAUGCUCGUCUUUGGUGGUAACAUGCAUAACGAUACUCAGCACUCGCACGGUGCUAGGUGUUAUUCCGCUGAUACCAUCGCUUACGACGUUACGUGCGACACGUGGCAACAUUAUUUUAUGCCGAGAGACAUGGCCGACCUACCGAGAUACGGACAUAGCGCGACCGUUUUCGAAGAUUCCAUGUAUAUCUAUGGAGGAUUCGACGGUCAGAUGUUAUCCGACAUGUUGAGGUAUACACCGGGACAUUGUGAACACUUGACGAAACAAAAUGAGUGUCUGAACGCGAGGACAGGUGUAAAGUGCGUGUGGGAAAAUAUAGGUCGGUGUAUUGCUAUAACGAAAAUACCGCGGCAUGCAUUAUUCGAGGACGACAUGCACGAUGGAAAGUACAUGAGGUGCUUGGACGACACGCCACCGCGUGGAAUGACAUCGCACAAGGAAUUGUGCAAGGUCCUGACCGACUGCGUCGCUUGCGUGCAAACGUCGUACAAUUGUGUUUGGUGUGGUAAAAGUUGUUCCUACGAAAUAUGUCGGGAUAACGCCAAUUCACCGGCCACCGAGGUCAUCAAGGAUUUGGAAAAGUGCGACGCGCACACUGGCGUCGAGUGUCUGCAAUUGCACACCUGUCACGCAUGUUCGAGCAAUCCACGUUGCAUUUGGUCUUGGUCGAACGGUCCGGAUCGUUGUAAGCCGCAAUCUAAGACGCGCGAGAUUAUCAGUCUGAACGGAACCAUACAAGCUCAGCGCUUAACGAUGGAGACUUGUCGAAGUCCAUGCGCGGAAUAUACUUCCUGUAGGAAUUGUACAGAAUCCGAUUGCAUUUGGUGUCAGAACGAAGCAAAGUGCGUCGACAAAAAUGCAUAUCCCGCUAGUUUUCCGUACGGCCAAUGUCGUGCAUGGACUACGAUCGAGGCAAGGUGCCGUGCCACUGGAAAUGGAAGGGAAUGGUGUAGCUUUUAUUUAUCUUGUUCGGCGUGUAGAUCGGAUCCUGGUUGUGGGUGGUGCGACGAUGGAUCCGGUACAGGAAAAGGACAAUGUUUGCCUGGCGGGGCUCGUGGUCCAAGCAGUAGGAGUUUAGAAACGUGUUCGUUCGAUCAUUGGUACUUUACCACGUGUCCAACUUGCCAAUGCAACGGUCAUAGUAAGUGUCUUCCAAACAGCAGUGUUUGUAUUCAACCGUGUGGAAAUUUAACUUACGGACAGAAUUGUGAUAAAUGCAUUCCUAGUUAUUACGGGAGUCCUUUGAACGGGGCAACGUGUCAACCGUGCUCCUGUAAUAAUCAAGGCACACAAUGUUCUAGCGAGACUGGUAAAUGUUUUUGCACGACCAAAGGCAUCGUUGGAGAUCAUUGCGAACGAUGUGACGUAACGGGUCUUUAUUAUGGCGAUCCUACGAACAAAGGGUCAUGUUUCUACGACUUGGCUAUUGAUUAUCAAUUUACCUUUAAUUUAAGUAAAAAAGAAGAUCGGCAUUAUAGAGCGAUCAACUUUAAGAAUUCCCCACCGAAAGCUGAUAUCGAUGCCGAAUUUUCUAUAACUUGUUCAGUCCUUGCAAAGAUGAACGUUACUAUUAAAAGACCAAACAGUCUAGAAAAGCCACUUCUUUUGGGUGCCAAUUGUACGACAAGCAUGUAUAAGCAUCGCUUUAGCAAGGCGGACUACAAUUUUGGUAGCGAAGAGAACAAUACGUUAACAACGUUCUAUGUAUACGUUUAUGACUUUCAGCCACCGUUGUGGAUUCAGAUUUCAUUUUCUCAAUAUUCAAAGUUAAAUCUGCAACAAUUCUUCAUAACUUUUUGCACAGAUUAUAUGCCACCGCACAGGUGUUUCCUUGCCCUACUUCUAGUAGCCGCGAUUUUAUGGAAGAUCAAACAAAAAUAUGACAUGUACAGAAGAAGGCAACGACUAUUCGUAGAGAUGCAACAAAUGGCCAACAGGGCCUUCAGUCAAGUUCUCGUAGAAAUAGAGAGGCGAGACGUCGUCGACAACGAUACUGACAGAGGUGACGGUGAAUACAACAAUUGUCGAAAAAAGAAAAAGGAUGCACCUAGUCCGAUCGCACUGGAGCCUUGUUCUGGUAACAGAGCAGCAGUCUUAUCCUUGCUAGUCAGAUUGCCUACCGGUGGUGAGCCGUUUACUCCAGCUGGACAAAGUGCCGGCUUAGCGGUAGCCUCAGCCUUAGUCACAUUGGGUAGUCCACGAAGACCUUCCCAGGAAUUAACGACGAAGGAACCGAAAAAAACUAGAAAGUCGGCCAGUCAACAUCCGGAAUCCACUUGUAUUUAGCGAUAAGCCGAAGAAAGUAGACAAAAUGCAAAUUUUGCAACGUGACUACGAGCCUUAGAAUCGUUUCUGUGAUCUUGCCUGUAUUAGUGACAGGACAAUCGAUUAUCUUAUAACUAUGACAGAGCGACGUAGCAAAUGUCAAUGUCACACGACCUACGUACAUACGUUGUGUGUCUAUAACAAAUUUUAUAAGUGGUCAAAGUUUAUUCUAUCGUCGAACGAGAAGAACCGAAGCGUCGUUAAAACUUGGCUACGUCUUCAUUCAAAGAAAAUGAACGAGAAGAUAAUUUAAUCAAGAAAAGAAAUGAUUUUUGUAUUUAUCGUCUUACACAAAAAUUUUCGGUAAGUAGUAUUCAUUUUGAAAAUUUAUUUAAACAUUCGGCGCGAAACGGUUUAUCAAGUAAGACGAUUUCUUCACGAAUUUAGAUAACUUUUCAAAUUGUUUCUCGAAUUCAUUUAUACAGCAAGUAAAACGAGUAUCCGCGGUUAAAGAGUUAUUUGGAUUUUAAAUAACGUUUACGAAUACUUGCGUUUACUUGCUAUAGUUUCAAUCAACGAUGUAUAUUCUUGUAUAUAUAGUAUUUCUUAGAUAACACUAUUUUGCUUUUAUCGUGAAAGAUACAAUAUAAUUACGAGGUAGUUCAUAUUGCCACACUUUUUACGAAUGUGGUAAAAUGCGUUUAAUCGAAAGGAAUAUUCAUGUUUCACUUAUAUUUCGUAUCUUUUACGUUCAUCAAAUA